AUGUUACUCAUCUUUCCAAAUGCCUUAUCAAGAAUUGUUCCGGAUAAGCCCGCGGUACCCCCUCCGCGAAGGACCUCUCGCCCGAGCACUCUCAAGAGACAUAGCGCCAAUGCAGAAGAAGAGCUUCGUUCAAGGAAGAAUAAUUCAAAGCCUCCGAAACCCGUCCUGCCGCCCUUUGUGAUACAAGCUCAGGCUCAGGCUCAAGCCCAGGCAGAGACUAAGAGAAUUCAGCACCAUCCUAUCCCAAAUAGCUCUCCAGUCACUUCACCGCAGGUGGCAAGAUCCAGCGGAUUUCGUCAUCGCGACGUGGAUCAAGUAAGGACAUUAUCCCCUGCAGAUUUCAAUUCGGCACCGUUUCUUUCCCUGGAUGUACCGCCAAAAAGCUUGGGAAAGAACUUUCAGUCUGGACAGAUGCCGGCAAAUCUGCAACAGCCAGCCGAACCAAAUGAAAUAUCCUUUUUCACGCCGACAGAAUUUAACCCCCCUGAUCUCGAAAGCGAUGAGAUGCCUUCGAGAAAGCAGAUCGAUCGAGAAAGAAUUCCUUCCGCAAUGGAUCCAUCGUUUGAAAGACUGAGGCACAGUAAUAGGGAAAUGGCAGUUGUUACGAGGCCAAAAGCAGCUGUAGCUUCGCACAUCUCAGAAUUAACAGCAAGCGGCGCUACGGGGGGCGCCAAGUCGCCGCACGCAUCCUAUAUUGACCGACUACCUCAUGAGACUCUUCAAGAACUGGUCGACUAUAGCCCAUCUGGGCCGUCAAAGGUUAGGUACAGAGAGGAUGGAUCCGUUCAGGCAGGCCGAUUUGGGUUUUUGAGAGAUCUUGGAAGGACAUUUGUCAAGCGAAGAUGA